GGGCUAUCAGAGGUCACUCUAAAACCUUGGUAGAGGCUGAACAGCCAGUUUACAUUGGGCACUAUAUUCUCCUAUUUGCCUUCCGGGUAAAACGGGUGGGGGCGUAACUGUGGUCUGAGGCCAACUGCAAGAUGGCGACCUCUCAGAAACUCACUGAACAUUACUUAACCUGUGUCAUAUGCUCUGAUGUCUUCACUAAUCCCUGUACACUUGUGUGUAACCACACCUUCUGUCGGAAAUGUGUCGUCAACUACACCAAGACCAGACCAGAAGCCAUCAGUGCCAAGUCCCUCCUCUGUCCAUUCUGCAACAAGAUGACGAAAGUGUCUGCCCCUGAGAGACCAGUGGAAAAGUGGGCGGAUGACGUCAAACCUAGCUUUGUCAUCCAGGGACUCUUGGACUCAUUUGGUCCAGGAUCUAAAGAUACAACCAACUGCAGCUAUUGUAUUCAAGAAGGGGAGACAACUCCUGCCUAUGUUUGGUGCUAUGUGUGUGAUGAUGCACUGUGUGGAAAAUGCGUCAGAGUUCACAAUCGCAUCCCAGCUACCCGUCAUCAUGACCUCACUGACCUUUCUGGGGAGGUCAAGGUCAAACGAAGACGAGCGGUCAUGUGUAAAGAACACACGGAUGAAAGCAUCAAGUUGUUGUGUAAAGAUUGCAAGAAAGCACUUUGUCAAACCUGUUGUACAAUCUACCACAGGAAAUGUGAGUCUGUUGUCAGCUUGGGAGUGGAGAUACGGGCAAUGAAAGCAGUACUGACGCGGGCGACGGGCAAUUUGUCACGGAGAAAAGACGAAAUCAGCAAAGAGAUUGAGACAAAGAAGUCAAAGCUGGAGGACGAAACUUGUCGAUUUAAACAAAUGGAAUCAGAUAUUAACUCUGCAACGGUUAAAGCGAUAGAACGGAUUAAACUCCGAGAAAAGGAUCUUCUUGAUCAACUGAGAGAGAUGUCAGACGAACACCUUGGACAACUGAAAGCAGACAUUAAGGCAGGGGAGAUGUCAGUACAAAUGUACCAACAACAGGCUGAGCUGAUAGACCAGACCCUACAAUCAGACAGUGACAUGGAUGUCUAUGAGAUGUAUCAGGGAUGUGAGGCAGAUGAUGCAGACGCAGAACUGAAGAAGACAGGAAGAAUAGCCAGGGUCACAUUCAGACAGGACACGGACAAGCUGAGUAGAAAACUGGACGAUCUACAGCUGGGUGAGAUAGAGGUCAUGUAUGAGGGUGUGAUGGACCUGACGGCUACUCCUGUGUUACAGGACACCAUUAACGUCAAAGUAGCCGGCGAGGGAUCUAACGAAGCGCCAUUUGAUGUGACCGAGAUGGUUGUUAAUGGUAUUGACACGGUUGUAGUCACAGAUUAUUUUAAUCACAAUAUGAAGUCCUUCUACACCAGGAACAAUCAACAAGGUCACAAUAAGCUCCUGCUUCGUGGAUCUCCCUUGGGUAUUACGAAGUUGACACACAAUCAGGUGGCUGUCACUGCUCAAGAUGCCAAUCAGAUUGUAACAGUAGAAGUCAACCCUGACCUGGUGCUGCUGUCAACAAUCACAACCAGCAAACAGUACGUGGGCAUAACGUCCCUGACACCAUCAACACUAGCAGCUUGUUCCCGGUCUCCUCCCUGUGUUGAUAUCCUAGAUAUGACGGGAAACGUGCUGAGGUCAAUCAGUCCACUCCAAAAUGGUAGCAACAUCUUACAAUAUCCCGAAUUCCUCUGUACCACGAGGACAGGAAACAUCCUGGUGUCUGACGGUGGAACCAAGCGUGUCGCGUGUCUGACCCCCGAGGGAGAUGUAGUUUUCACCUACAGCCCUACAGGAGACACAGCACUGAAUUGUCCCCAUGGUAUCACAAGCACCAGCACAGGUGACAUCCUGGUGACAGACUACUUUCUACACAGAGUCAUCCAUCUGACGGAAUCAGGACAGUUUGUAAAACAUCUACUGACAUCCCAAGAUGGUAUUCAGAACCCACGUGGAAUAUAUGUUGAUGUGAGAGGGCGGGUGUAUGUUUGUCUUAAGGAGGGUGUCAUACAGUCCUUCUUGUGUAGCAACUGAACAUGGGAUGUAAGGAUCCACGAACCUCUGUCAACGUGCUUCGAGAACACUGAUGAGCUGCUGCACCUACAAGUCAGCAAGAAUUGUUGUGUGUGUGUGUGUGUGUGUGUGUGUGUGUGUGUGUGUGUGUGUGUGUGUGUGUGUGUGUGUGUGUGUGUGUGU